CUUUAUAUGGAGUGAAAUUCCACCUCAGAACGAGAAAGAGAAACAGAAAGGCAGUAGGUACCGAGUCAACUCGGCAAUGUUUCAACCUAACAACCAGCUUUCCAUUCAUGCAAACUCGUUACCAAUGCAAGAACCAGCAGCAUUGAUGCAAGUGGAUCCAAAUGCAAAUAGUGUAGUAGAAGUAAAGGACGAUGCACAAAAUGGAGGCUUUUCGCAGGCAGAAUCAAUCAUCCACUACUCUAAGAGACUGCAAGACGAUCUUCAUAUGAUUGGAAUGAAAAUUAAACAGCAUGAGGACAACAUAAAAUUUCUGAAGUCCCAGAAGAACAAACUAGACGACUCUAUUCUUGAUUUGCAAGUUGCUUUGGGCAAGUACCAUUCCUCCAGCGCAACUACGAUUGAGAAUGAGGACCCUUCCCACCGUCAAAGUGAGGAAGAAAUACACGAACAGAUUACACAGCAAGAAAAAUCUGCUGCAGGCAUUUUAUGCCAGCUUAAAGCUCGUCAUAGUUCUCAGGCUUCUCAUCUCACGUUGGCCAAGGAUGUGCUGGGUAUUGUUGCCACACUUGGCAAAGUUGGUGAUGAUAAUCUUAGUAGACUUUUCUCAGAGUACUUAGGAAUGGAGAAUAUGUUGGCAAUUGUCUGCAAGACUUAUGAAGGUGUCAAAGCUCUCGAAAUAUAUGACAAAGAGGGCUGCAUAAAUAAGGGUUCUGGUCUUCAUGGGCUUGGUGCUUCUAUCGGAAGGGCUUUGGAAGGAAGAUUUAUUGUCGUUUGUCUUGAAAAUUUAAGACCAUAUGCUGGUGACUUUGUACCUGAUGACCCUCAAAGGAGACUUGAUCUUUUAAAGCCAAGAUUAGCUAACGGAGAGUGUCCCCCUGGCUUUCUUGGCUUUGCUGUAAAUAUGAUUAAUGUGGACACUACAAAUUUAUUUUGUGUCACAUCCAGUGGGCACGGCCUUAGAGAGACUCUGUUUUACUUUCUUUUCUCUCGCUUACAAGUGUAUAAAACAAGGGCGGAAAUGCUAAACGCACUGCCGUGUAUAAGCGAUGGAGCCCUUUCUUUAGACGGAGGAAUGAUUAGGGCUACUGGUGUCUUCUCCCUUGGACUUCGGCAAGACGUUGAUGUGAGAUUUCCCAAAGCAUCACUGGCCUCGAGCCUUCCUGAAACCUAUAAGAAGCAAAUCCAGGAGUUGAAAUGGAAGAAAGAAAAGAUGAUGGAAGAUAUCAAGAGAGAACGAGCAUUACUGGACAAUGCAAAGUUCAAAUUUGAUAGGAAGAAGCAAGAGUUUCUCAAGUUCCUUGCAGAAAGUUCAUCAUAUGCAUCUCAGCACCAAAUGCAUGCGGCGCAAGGUAGAGUGACCCCAAGAUCAAAUGUGGCAUAAACAACAAUCUUGGAAGUUUAGGAGGAUUUUUUUUUCUUUUUUUUUUCCCCCUUUCUUUUCUUGUUCAAGCAGAAAACUGUAUGAAAGGGUGAUUGGAGAGGAUUGGAUUAGAAGCUAUUCAUUUUUCUGAGUGAAGUGAGACUGAGAGGAUAUUUUAACGCUUCUUCAUGUUUAGCUUCUGCAGAAAGCGGAUGGCGACCCUUUAAAAACUGCAAUGCUUGUGGAUGAAUUCUACUGUAUAUCCUUCCACCGGAAAGAAGAUUGAUUUUCUACUUA